CCCUAUAAAUGAAAACAGAAGUGGGUUCUGUAGUACUGCAUGUAUCACAGGGAGAAGAUACAACUGGAGGAACAAACUCCAGAAGUGCCUUCAGAAAUACUGUGUUGUCAUUUUUGAUUGAAUUAUGUGUGUCUUCAGACUUGUCAUUCUGGAUCUUCUGUCUUGAGCAUGAUCUCUGGAAGCAUACUUGAGCCAAUCAUUAGUUAGAUAUUAUAUGGCCCUCCCUAUGCUUUGAGUACCAAAACCGUCUACACUCUGGUGAUGUUUGUCUGGGCAAAAAUUUGGAUAUAGAUUUGACCUGCUUUGAGCUGGUAUUUCCUGUUCUGUGUCUCAACUGCCAAUAAGAGAUAAGCACUCAGAAAUAGGCAGAGACUCUGGCUCCAAACUGCUUGGCUUCACACCAGUAUGAGCUUGUCCUACCACUUUGAGGCUCCCAUGCAGGCCAAGUAUUUUUGCGUUCCAGGCACAAGAUCUCUGAUGGCAAUUCUUGGAAUGAGUGUCUGGCUGCGUAUUUGAAGUCAUGGGUAUGUUGAGUAGAUGUUAUCUCUCCGUUCUCACCGGGUGUAUGUGUGUGAGGGAGAGAAAAGGAGGAGGAUUUGCUGUCCAAUUAGCAGCAUUCCUGAAGCGUGAGCAGGUGUCAUCGCUGCAACGUUGUGUUCAGUGUAGUCAGCUGCCGAACAAUCCAGAGGUGUCCCAGGGUGUUCUCCUGUUCUAGGACUCUUUGAAAAAGGACACCGAUGAAUCAGUUGGUGCUUCUCUUGGCAGACAGAAACCAUCUGUGAGCUUUAUAAAGAAAAUGGAUACAUUUGGAAAGCAUGGCAGAACUGGAUUUGUUAGGACCCGGAUUCCUAGACCCCAGAUUGUACUGCAGCCAGUCCAGUCAUCUGGCCACUCAGGUGUUUGCAGCAUCAGAAAUUGCACUUGCAAAAUGAGCCGCUUUCCUCGGAAGAGCUCCAUGGAGCUCCUGCAGCCAGAACGCAGACACUCAAGAGCAGAUUCCUCAAGCAAUUUAUCUAUGGAUACAUUUUGGUUAGAGGUGGAGAGCAUCAAAGAAAGUACCGAAUCUGAGCCAGAAGAGUGCAACCUUACGGAUGCCAAACCCCCAGAAGAAGGGGAAGCUGAAGCAGAAUGGCUGCAAGAUGCAGGGCUCUCUGACUUGAUUGGGGACCAUGCUGUGGAGAAUGGCAACAUUGUCCUGCUUUCCACGCUGACCAAGACGCAGGCAGCAGCUGUGCAGCGACGGCUGGAUAAUUACACCCGCUCCCGAAGGAAGAAGAACAAGCAGCCUGUCCGUGAUGUCAGAGACAUUUUUGGAGUGGUUGGCUCUGGGGAGACCAAACCAGGAACAGACUCAGAAAUAGAUCGAUUGCACCGCAGGUCUGCAUCAUCAAACGCCAUUCAGAAAUCUGAUACAGUGGAAAACCAAGACUUCCCAUCGCCAUUGAGGGGUUCUGCAAGAGAAGAGUUCUUCAGCACAGAAAUUGCUUAUUCAGAGCAAGCAGCCAUCCUUCUCAAAGGAUCAUUCCCAAGGGAAUCUAGGAGGAUCAAGGAUGAGAGUUUUUUACCUAAAUUUAGUAUCUCCAAAGGCAGGCUGGGAGUAACCAGGAUAGGUGAUCUGUCGCUGCAAGAUAUGAAGAAAAUCCCCACGUUGGCACUCAUUGAGCUAACUGCUCUCUGUGACGUCGUUGGCUUAGAGCUGAAGAGAAACAAGGCAGUAAAACGGAAAGUGGCAGAGCAUAAGCUUUUUGGAGUUCCCCUUGGCACUUUGUUAGAAAAUGAUCAGAAGCUCCUCCCAAAUACCAGAGUUCCAUUAAUCCUGCAAGCAUUGCUGUCCUGUUUGGAAAAAAGGGGGCUAGACACUGAAGGAAUCUUGAGAGUUUCAGGAUCACAGAGCCGCAUUAAGAGUCUGGAACAAAAACUGGAAAGUGAAUUCUAUACUGGCGUCUUCCAGUGGGACGAGGUGCACCAAAAUGAUGUGUCUGGCUUGUUAAAGAGGUUCAUUCGGGAACUUCCCACUCCUCUCCUGACAGCGGAAUACUUGCCUGCUUUCGCAGCUGUGCAGAAUAUCCCAGACCUGAAACAGAGGCUGCAGGCUCUCAAUCUCCUUAUACUGAUUUUGCCAGAACCCAACCGGAACACCCUGAAGGCUCUGCUGGAAUUUCUAAGACUGGUGGUUACCAGGGAGAGAAAAAACAAAAUGACUCUUUGGAACGUUUCUACAGUUAUUGCCCCAAAUCUCUUCAUGCACAAAGGAUUACCAAACAAGAUCCCAGAAGGGAAGGAGAAACACCUAGCAGAAGGAGCAGCAGACAUAGUACGGAUGAUGAUUCAUUACCAGGAUUUGCUGUGGACAGUUGCGUCUUUCUUGGUAACUCAAGUAAGAAAAAUGAACGAGAGCAACAGCAGGAAGUACCAGUUUUGUGACAGGAAGUUCAAAAAUCUGUUAAGGAAGAUUCACACAGACAAGGAAAAGACAGAGAAGAACCAUAGUGAACCCUCCAAAAUAGUCAAGGUCCAGGCUUCUCUGUUCCUAAAGGACUCCUUAGAAGUUCACUUAACCAAUGGAACCAAAGCUGCUGAUGUCCUGAGACAGUUCCAGAAGAAUCGCUCUCAGAAUAUUGUCAACACAGUCAACCUGUUAAAAUGUAAUGGCUCGGUGGAUUCAGUGAACCUGCUCCUUUAUGAAGUUGGUGGAAACAUAAAUGAGCAUUGCCUGGACCCAGACACAUACCUUUUAGACCUUUAUCAUGUGAACCCCCAUGCAGAAUGGAUUAUACGGCAAAAACCAUAUUUGUCAAGAAUGUUCUAAGAAGAUUGCCAGGAGAAAAAAAGCAUCCAACCACAGAUUCUCUUCAAACAAAUUUUAAAAGGGGAGGGGAGGGGAGAAUCUCAAGCAAUAACUAUGCCUGAUUUUUUUAAUGCACCAACGGACUGUGCUUUUUCAAAGUCCAUUUGAACUUGUAGCCAAUGGAAGAAGAGAAGCUGCUUUGUGCUUGUAUUAAUGCCUGUAGUAAAAGAAUUCCAGCAAGAGCUGCCAGGAAAGGAAGGAUUAAAAAUCAAAGAGCCACAUCCUUGAAGAACCUGAUGGGAAUCAUCUGGCUUUGAGGCUUGAAUCAUUAAUUGGAGAGACUUAAAACAUCUCCACAUUGGAGGAAGGCGAUACCACAGUCUCAGAACAUUGUAGUCAGUUAAGAACUAGUAAUAUUCAUAAUGUGAAAUUGCAUAUCUGGAUUAAAGCUGCUUGGAGAUAAAUGUUUUAAAAUUGGUUUGGCCCUGGAAGGGCUUACUUGGUAACCAAAUUGCCCAGAGUGCAAGAUCAGAGUCCUCACACACAUCUGAAGUUCCUCCUCCAGAAUUCUGCUUUUCAAGCACAGCAGUGGUGAAAUAUUAACUAUGCACAACUUUUAAUGUAGAAUGUCUCCUGUGAUAGAUUCUGUCAUUAUAAUUCCAUACGCAAAUGUAUGUUCAUGCAUGUGUACAGUUUUGUUGUGACUUUUUAAAAAGGUAGCCUGCUCAGUGACCCACUGAUCCUACAUGGCUAUGCCAGACCACCUCAGUAUUACUCUGUCAAUGACAAUUCUGAUUUUCAAAUUGAAUUUGUACCCCCGUCUCAUUGUAAUACUACUUCUCCUGCUAAAGAAAUGCCAGGUAGAGACUUUUUUCCAUCUGCAUACCCUUGCCAUUUGUUAUAUACAGGACAAUCCAUGAAUACCUGAGCCAUAUGAUAACUUUAGUCUUGUUUCUUUGAUAUGCAUUAAAAAUUGAAUGUUUGUAAAUGAAUUUACCAAAAGCCUGUUGGAUUUGCCUAGAAGAAUAUUACGAUCCAUUGGAGGAUACUGUCCUUUCAGCUUUUUGAAAGCCAAAAUAACAGCCCAAACAUGCAAAUAAUUUUUCAAACAUGGUAGUCUGAGCAGCCUUUGUUUGAGAUUCCAUCUUAAGAGGACCUAUACUUUUUUGAGAAGUAAUACAGCCAUUUUAAACAGGGUAUUAUAUUGUCCGCUUUACUACACUGUUGAAAAUAUCUCAGCCAAAGAUCAUAGUUAGUAUUGUCAGAAGAAUAAACAUGAACAAAUUGAAUAUGCUUUGCAGGAGGUUUUCCCUCCUUUGGACAUAAAAAGAUUUAGAGUAAAGGAUAUUUGAUAGCAUACUAAAGGAUUUCAGACUCAAGGAAUCUGACUGCUCAUUAAAUCCAAACUCAUGUAUUAAUAUCUCAACACUUCUUGUUGGAAUUACCUUUGAAAUACCUCUCAGCCUUUCUUUCUCAACUUAAUAACUGGUUGGGAGGUGAUGGAAAGGUACCUCUUCGCAUCUUCUUUUAUAUCACAGGAUAGAAUGAAAUACUGUUCAACCAUGUAGCUGCUGCUAAAAGAAAAAAAGAAAAAGGAAGCAAUUGCUUCCCCUUUUUAAUAUCUAGUAAAACUUGUCACCAGCUCCUGGCAAUAUUAGUGUUUCUCGCUCCUUAUGGUUGAUGGUGAGUAUGUGGAGUGGAAUUGAAGAGUGGUAAGACUGGGCCUGACAAAUGGAGUUAAGGGGAGCAUUUUACAUUGAUGUUUUCAGAGCCGCUGCUACUGGUUUUAACUUGGUUCUGCCAGCAGUAAAGGAAGAAUCCCUCUCUCCUGGUCACACCCAACAGCAUUUCAUUUCCAUCUUUGUAAUUUCUGUCCAUUCACUUCUACUGGGAAAAGUGUAGAUACAGGAAUGCUCUAGACCAUUGAAAUAUCCUGGGAACCAGUUAUGAACAAUGCAAGAAGGAUGCGAAUGAGAUGGUAAUGCAGAGGGGAAUAUCUGUGUGCCAAUGCCUAGCUGGGAAACAGAAUCAGCAUAGAUGCCUGCAAGACCACUGAAAGAGCUUGCUCUAGAUACACUGUACAAUAUUCACCUUGAGGCAUCUUGAUCAAGUAGUAUAUAUAGAAGUUGUAGCUUUUGAUGCAGGGCUGCCAAGAAGAGAAAGGUCCUUGAUCCAGUGUAAGAGACAGGUAAGGUCCUCGGAGCAAGUAGUGUUAGUAAAAGGUGUUAAACAGCCACACAAUGGGGCCUAGUUCCUGCAUUUAGGGUUAAUUUGAGUGAAAGCAUGGGAAUGAAACAAAAUUAGACUCCUCAGAUGCUAACAGUAUGAUGUGAAAUGAGCAUUGUGGAAAACUGUAUGUGGGAAAUGCAUCUUGAAACGAAUGGUCAGUAGCUGUAACAUUUGAGGGAAAACAUUCUGCAGCCCCAACUCUUUCCAUAAUGUUGAUGUUUGAAUGAUUUCAGUGUCUUUUGUAUUGUUGACAGCCGUUAAAGCAGAAUGAUACACAGUUUUAAGCUCAUUUGUUUCUCGGUUUUUAAUGAUGUUUAUAUUAAUAUUUUAAUGCUAUAUUUAAAACAGUUAAUAAAGGACUAGACUCAUUUCCAGACAUCU